UUCUCUGGUGCUCUGGAACUUCUGAGAGAGAGAGAAGGGGGGCAAGGGGAGGCCACGGGUGCGAUACUUUGCGCACACAUCCCGGUGUCAUUGUUCUGCCUGGAGAGACGGGGCUGGGUUCAAGGCCACAUGUGCUCCUGUCAUCACCCACAUUUCUGCUUCAAGUGCGACCCGGAGUGUCAGCUCUCCAUCUGUCUGGGCUGGCAGGCGCACGCGCCCAGCGCCCUGCCUCGGGCGAUGCCGCCCCAGCCCCCGCCGACGGCCCCGCUCAUUCCAGAGCAGCAGGCAUGAGCCGGGGCGCCCGCCCCUAGGACAGUCCCUUUCCCCUUCCGAGUGGACGCUGCGUCCAGGAUGCCUGAUCGGACUGAGAAGCACUCCACGAUGCCAGACUCACCUGUGGAUGUGAAGACUCCAUCCAGGCUGACUCCUCCCACGAUGCCACCGCCCCCCACAACUCAAGGAGCCCCAAGAACCAGUUCAUUUACGCCGACAACACUGACGAACGGCACGAGCCACUCGCCCACGGCCUUGAACGGCGCGCCCUCGCCGCCCAGCGGCUUCAGCAACGGGCCCUCGUCGUCCAGCUCCUCGUCGCUGGCCAACCAGCAGCUGCCCCCGGCCUGCGGCGCCCGGCAGCUCAGCAAGCUCAAGCGCUUCCUCACCACGCUGCAGCAGUUCGGCAACGACAUCUCGCCCGAGAUCGGCGAGCGGGUGCGCACCCUCGUCCUGGGCCUGGUGAACUCUACUUUGACAAUUGAAGAAUUUCACUCCAAACUGCAAGAAGCUACUAACUUCCCUCUGCGACCAUUUGUCAUCCCGUUUCUGAAGGCGAACCUGCCCCUGCUGCAGCGCGAGCUCCUGCACUGCGCCAGGCUGGCCAAGCAGAACCCCGCGCAGUACCUGGCUCAGCACGAGCAGCUGCUGCUGGACGCCAGCACCACCUCCCCCGUGGACUCCUCGGAGCUGCUUCUCGACGUGAACGAGAGCGGGAAGAGGCGGACCCCAGACAGAACCAAAGAAAAUGGCUUUGACCGAGAGCCUUUGCACUCAGAGCACCCGAGCAAGCGGCCGUGCACUAUCAGCCCCGGCCAGCGCUACAGCCCCAACAACGGCCUGUCCUACCAGCCCAACGGCCUGCCGCACCCCGCCCCGCCGCCGGCCCCGCACUACCGGCUGGACGACAUGGCCAUCGCCCACCACUACAGGGACUCCUACCGACACCCCAGCCACAGGGACCUCAGGGACAGAAGCAGACCUAUGGGGUUGCAUGGCACCCGGCAGGAGGAGAUGAUCGACCACCGGCUGACGGACAGAGAGUGGGCGGAGGAGUGGAAGCACCUCGACCAUCUGCUGAACUGCAUCAUGGACAUGGUGGAGAAGACGCGGCGCUCGCUCACGGUGCUGCGCCGCUGCCAGGAGGCCGACCGCGAGGAGCUCAACUACUGGAUCCGGCGCUACAGCGACGCCGAGGACUUGAAAAAGGGCGGCCACUCCCGGCAGCAGAGCCCCGUCACCCCCGACCCCGUGGCUCUAGACGCGCAUCGGGAAUUCCUGCACAGGCCGGCUUCUGGAUACGUGCCAGAGGAGAUCUGGAAGAAAGCUGAGGAGGCGGUCAACGAGGUGAAGCGCCAGGCGAUGACCGAGCUGCAGAAGGCCGUGUCCGAGGCCGAGCGGAAGGCCCACGACAUGAUCACCACCGAGCGGGCCAAGAUGGAGCGCACGGUGGCCGAGGCCAAGCGGCAGGCGGCCGAGGACGCGCUGGCUGUCAUCAACCAGCAGGAGGACUCCAGCGAGAGUUGCUGGAACUGUGGCCGAAAAGCGAGCGAAACGUGCAGCGGCUGUAACACAGCCCGGUACUGUGGCUCCUUUUGCCAACACAAAGACUGGGAAAAGCACCACCACAUCUGCGGACAGACCCUGCAGGCGCAGCAGCAGGGCGACACGCCCGCCGUCAGCUCCUCCGUCACGCCCAGCAGCGGGGCCGGGAGCCCGAUGGACACGCCACCAGCAGCCACCCCGAGGUCCACCACCCCGGGGACCCCUUCCACCAUAGAGACAACCCCUCGCUAGAUGUGAACUCAGAACUGUCGAAGGAAAGAUGACACAACCGACGGGAACCAACUCUUCAUCCUCAGAUGCUCCAAGUCCUUUCUGUUCGUUCGUUCGUUUGUAGGUGAACUUUCCUAUUUCAGUUCUUCAGCGAGAACCCGACCGGAUCUUGAGGCGGUGGGAAGACAGAGGGCCAGUCACGGGUCGUAAUGACUUCUUGUGGAUGACAAAGAUACCUUUUCCUUAGGGAACUGAAAAGAGAGCAAAGAAUAGAUAUAACGCGAAACGAUAGAUGUGACCUCCUCCCUGUUAUUUCCAGUAGCUGGGAUUUUAAACUAGAUGACCUCAUUAACCGAUGCUUUACCAAGCAGCAAACCAAGAGAUUGCUCAUUGCUGUUGAAAGCAAAAUGCUAAUAUUAAGACACAACGUUCCUGAUAUACAGUAAUGGAAAAAAAAUAAAUAAAUAAAAGAGGAAAACCCUCGAGGGCAUGAGCAUUGGCUACAGUGGUAGACGUUUUAACGAGAAGAUGAAUGGCGUCCAUGGGUUGCUAGCUGAACUUUGAAGACCCGCUACAAACACGCAUAUGGGCAGCAUAUUGGAAGGAGAAACAGAUGUUCGGGUUUUUUUUUUCCUCCCUGUUUCUGAAAAGAAAUAAUAUCCAGGUCAACAGAAUGAAAAAUGAAAGAUGAUUUGCAGUGGGAUGUAUGAACACAGCAGCAAGAAAGAAAAAAAAAAAUAAAAUGCCAUAAUACAAAAGGCUCCUUUAUACACACACGCACACACACACACACACACACACAGUUAAGAGACUCAACCUGCAGUUAAUUAGCAUUCUGGCAGCUCUGACAUCAGCCAGCUGCCCUAAAUAACCCUUCAACGUUUGUUCACUUUUGCAAGAUUCCACAGAAUAAGACAUUGGGUCUAUUCCAGCUCAUUCAUUUUUAUAUCAAAAACUACUUUUUAAAAAAAAAAAAAUGGUGGCUCCAGCUCCAGCCCCUUCCCAAAUUUUCAACCCCACCCUGUUUAGAUUUUUUAAUUAAAAAAAAACUAGUAGUUCUCUUCGUGUUCAAACACUUCUGUCCUGUGAGGUUUCCAAUGGUGUUUUUCUUGUAAAUGUGUUGGACAAAUGUGAAGAUGCAUCGUAGUUUAACCAUACGCCCACAUUUAGUCUCUUUCUUCAUAGUUGGUGAGACGCCUGUACCUUUCUAUGCUGCUUUUAUAUAUAUAUGUAUUAGUGAUCUUUCUCUAGUAGUUCGGGGGAAAAAGACUUUUUUUGGUUGUCCUCAAGAAAAGAAAAGAAAAAGGCUAUCUUUCGGAGCUGCUAUUACACUCUCUUAUAGGAUUUUUUUUUUUUUUUUUUUUUUUUUUUAAAACCAGCAUGUUCAUGGAAUGCUAACAUUGGUGUUUUUGUAAGAGGGAAUGUACAUAAAUGUAUUUUGCACUGUCACGAUGACUCCCUAGGCAUGCUUUUUUUUAAGCAAACUCUUUUUGAAGAUGCUAGGACCAUUUCACCAAGGUUAGCUGUAGCCUAGAGUAGUAGUGGAUUUUUUUUCUUUCUUUUUUUGGGAAAAAAUCAUUAUUGGGACAUUUUUUUUAAAAAACACACACACAAGAUAUUCUACUUUAAAAAAAAAAAAAAAGGCAGUGCAUGCAUAUUGCUGUAAGGUUGUUUAAGUAUUUCUAAUUUUACAAAAAGUAAAAUGCUAAGUCACUAGAGCUCCAGAUGCUGAGGUGUAGACUGGCAGCUUUAACCCUGCUGAGUGCCAGGUGACACAGUGCUCUCACAAAGAGGGAAGUCAGCCAAAGACCGAUCUGAUGGACCCAAAUCCGAGCUUUGAGAAGCACCAGGACUACUUUCCAAAUGAUCGGCAGGUUAACCAUGUUCAGCAAGGUAUAGCGUGAAUCCAUUAACCCUUCUUUGUCCAGGGUCCAGACCAGAACUGCUUGUUAGUUUUGAAAACAGUAGCCCAGGAUGUGGUUGUGUGCUUUAGGGGGAGUGGGCGGUGCUGCAGGCUGUGUAAACAACCAAAGUUUCCGAGGCUGGGAAGACGCUUCUCCACAUACAUUCACACACCAGGCAUUGACCUAAAGAUAAAAAAAAAUGAUCCAUUCGUUGUUUUUGUGGUUUUGUCUGUUUGUUUUUUAAUGUAGCCCUUGGAUACCAUUUUAAAUGGCUUUUAAGUAACUGCAUAGAAGCAAUCCUAAAUCUGUUUGCUUUAAGUCUCUUACACCUGCCAGUUUUUAGCAUUCCCCUACCCCGUUUGAGUUAGCUUUCAUUUCGUUUGGGUGCUGUUACGGUUUUUCGUUUUUUGUUUUUUUUUUAAAUGGCUCUUGCGUUUAGAAAGUCCUGAUACACAAACGUACACAUCUAUCUGCAUGUUGGAAGUCCACCUGCCAGCACACCUGCUCCGAGUGAAUGAAAGCACAGAACCAGGCUCCGAGUGGGUCCUACUUUAUCAUGGUGCUCCCAGAAUCCUUUGACCUCACUCUGCUUUCUAGUCUGCUUGUGACACUGGACGGUCCUUUCUUACAGAGCUAUUAUACGUUCUAGGCUACGAAGGGUUCAAUCAUCCCCCCCCCCC